AUGGUGUAUGGAUUGGGAUCUAAUAGUGAGGGUCAGCUCGGUUGUGGUGAUUAUCACACAAUUGUGUUGACAUCAAAUGGACAGGUAUUCGGGUGGGGGUAUAAUGACAUGGGACAGGUUGGUUGUGGCGAUGAAAAAACUCACGAUAAGUUGAAUAAUUCAAUAUCAUUUGAAAAGUCAUUUGAUGUUAUAAAUAAGCUUGGUGAGGGUGGCUAUGGAAAGGAUUGACAGAAAAAGAGAAACAAAAUGUUUUGAAUGAAACGCAAAGUCUUGUGAAACUUCGGU